UAAAUCUUAGAGAAAAGACAUAUGGUUAAAUAAAAAUAAUGUCUGCAUCUAUGGUCCUUUUCUCCUUACCCCUCAAGAUUUCCAUUUGGACUAUUUGUAUAUUGUACUAUUAUAAAUUGUACAUUUGUACAUUGUAAAGAAUCCUAUUCUUCAAGACUGAGAGGGGAUCUGAAAUAGAAAUCAUUUGGUACUUAGAGAAACUUUUCUUCCAGCUUCUCAAUAAGAUAAUCUGCCUUUCCAUUUUCUUGUCACUCCAGUACACUUGACUGUUAGUAAAUGAUUAAUGACUGCCUUCUCUAAUCUUCCUUCCCUCUUGGAAGGAUCUAGUUGGGCGGAAGAUGAAAGUAGCAACUUGUGUCUCUGAGUACUUGGAACCAGAGAACAGUUACCAAAUUCUGUUUAAAAUAAAAAAUAGAGGAUUUGACCUGGAGAACCACACCUGAAUCAAAGCAAGGAGGACCUGAAACUCAUACACCAAGAGUUGAGAGUAGAUUGUAGAGAGUGCCAAGGAGUUAGUAAGUGAAGAAGACCAAAGCUAGGAAGAGUGAGUUUCUAUAUAAAUAGGUGAAUUAUGGAGGCCACUGGACUCUGGAAAGUGGCUGGUCUUUUGUGUUCCUGGUAGCAUGUUGUACAAAUAAUGUAGAUCCACAUAUAGGAGCUAAGGUGGAAUGGAUUGAUUCCUCUUCUCCCUCAGACACCUGUACCUGGUAAUAGAGUAUGUCACUGCAUACAAAUCCAUUCUUACUUCAAUCAAAAAAGAAUAUGAUGCCUUUAUUGAAACAAUAAAGAAAAGCCAAAGAACUGCAUUUUGUCUUCAUGGAAAACUUAAAGUUUUGGCAGCAGAGCCCACGGCAUUGAUCUAUCACAGGAAAAGAACAAUUCAACUUGAAGCAAAAAUGAGGGUUAUUGAAAAUAAUUCCUCAAAGAUUCAAUUGCAAAUAGACAAAAUGAAACAACUUAGGGCAGAGUAUGACAUGAACGAAGUAAAAUAUUGUACUUUCUCCAAAGAUCCUUCAAAACCUAUUCCAGGCAUGACUCUCCAAGAAUCUGUCAAUUUAGAUGCCCUCACGAAAUAUCGGAAACAUCUUGAAGAUAAAUAUACAGAAAUUAAACAAGUUAUGUCAAAAAAAUAUGUACCAGCUCAGAGGAAGGUGGAGUUAGACAAUGAAAUGACUGAGAUAUUAAAACGGCGAGAUUUAGCUGAAAAUAUGAACAAAGAAUUACAGUUUCGUCAUCAAAGACUGCAGACUGUUUCAUAUGCACUUACUUCAUGGGUAAAAUCUGAUAAGAGCAGCUCAUUUCAAGACUUUGUGGAGCAAAUUCAGAAAACUAAAGAUAUACAUGGUGAUCAAGGCAUUGUUGAGGAACUACUUGAAGAUGAUCCAGGCAAGGCAAAAGAAGCUGAAAUUUUGCUUUACUACAUUGAAAGGUUCAAUGAAUUAAUCUCACUUGGUGAAUAUGAAAAGGCAGCUGGUUUUGCUGCAAACAGUCCUAGAAGAAUUCUUCAAAACACUGGGACAAUGAAUAAAUUUAAGGCUGUUGGAAGAAUUAGAGGAAAGCCUUUUCCAUUGCUCUUAUUUUUUGAGGCUAUCUUUAGCACAAGUCAUGCUUUUAGACGUCCUAUUGGUGCAGAACUAACCCUGGAAGGAAUCAAAUGUGGAUUAUCUGAAAAACGUUUAGAUUUAGUUAUCCAUUGGGUCACCCAGGAAAGGCUGACGUUUUCUGAGGAGGCUGGGGAUGUGCUUUGUGAUUAUGGGGAACAGGAUACUUAUAACAAGGCCAAGUGCCUGGCUUUAGCUCAGAUCAUCUACAGUGAGUGUGGCCUGCACAAGAAAGCUCUUCUUUGCCUGUGUAAACAGGGUCAGAUUCAUGGGGCCAUGGAAUACAUACAACAAUUCAAGGACUUUACUUCUGAUGACUUGAUGAAGCUAAUAAAGUUAUGUCCCCACACUGAAUUAAUUCAGUGUCUCACUAAAGAAUGGAAUGGGAAGCCACCAUCUUUAUCCUUUGGUCUUGCUAUACUUCAUCUGUUCUCUACAGAUAUGAAAAAAGUUGGCAUUAAGCUACUUCAAGAAGUAAAUAAAGGUGGAAGAGAUGCCAUCGAAUACCUUAUGAUAAAUGAUCCAUUUUGCUCCCUAGAAAGGUGGCAAGAAAUGGCAAAUGUAUGUUUACAGAAUGGCUUUGACAAAUUAUCUAAUAACAUCAUGUCCAUUCUUCGAUCUCAGGCUGGAGUUACAGAAAUUUCUGAAGAGGAUGAUACAGUCAACUUAAUGGAACAUGUUUUUUGGUAGUUCUGUACCUUUACCAGUUGAAGGAGCUUGUACAACAUUUUAUGUAUGUUGGUUGGGCAAAUUGACUUUGGGAUAACCAACUUAUGAAUAAAUCUAGAGUA